UGUGGAACAAGCCACUGAGAUUUCAGCAUUGUUGGUUAAUAAUCAUGUCAUAGCCUGUUUUCUAUUAGCAUGGUUGACACUACUUCUGGAAUAUUAUGUCCCCAUGCUUUAAAUCCAGAGGCUGAUGACAAAAAUGAUAAAGAAAAAAGACUCUCUUGUGGAAGAAAAAUUGGCUUAUUGAAAAACACUCCACACUUGCUUCUGACACAACUGUGUUCACUAGCAACUACACAGACAGACACCAUGCUGACUGCUGAGGAGAAGUCUUCUGUAACCGCCCUAUUUGGCAAGGUGAAAGUGGAUGAAGUUGGUGGAGAGGCCCUGGGCAGGCUGCUGGUUGUCUACCCCUGGACUCAGAGGUUCUUUGAGCACUUUGGGGACUUGUCCACUGCUGAUGCUGUUUUGAGCAACGCUCAGGUGAAGGCCCAUGGCAAGAAGGUACUUGAGUCCUUUAGUGAUGGCCUGAAGCAUCUUGACGACCUCAAGGGUGCCUUUGCUAAGCUGAGUGAGCUGCACUGUGAUAAGCUGCACGUGGAUCCUGAGAACUUCAGGCUCCUGGGCAAUGUGCUGGUGGUUGUGCUGGCUCGCCGCUUCGGUGGUGAAUUCACCCCGGAUUUGCAGGCUAGCUUUCAGAAGGUGGUGACCGGUGUUGCCAAUGCCCUGGCCCACAGAUAUCAUUAAGUUCCCCUUCCUGAUUUCCAGGAAAGGUCUUUUCAUCCUAA